GCUCUUGGUGGUGACCUGUCGGACUCCCAGAUAGUUAGCUCGUUUGGUGGUUGGUGGUUGGCGGUUGUUGGUGGUGGUCUUUCAAUAUUGGUUCUUUGAUUUGGGUUUGUUGUUUUGUCUUGUAUUUGUUUUUGAUUUGGGUUUGUUGUUUUGUCCUGUUUUUGUUUUUGAUUUGGGUUUGUUGUUUUAGUCUGUUAUUUUUUUUUUUAAGCUAGAAUCCUUAGUUGGUGUUCCUGCUUAGGAUGGAUAGCCAGAGUAGUGAGAGUAGUGGAGUGGGGCAGGGGCCUAGCUCCUGCAAGACUACAGUCCUGAGGGACCAGUAUGAGGUCCUGAGGGACAUUGGGCAUGGUGGGUUUGGCCAGAUCAAACUAGCCCGCCAUUGCCUCACUGGGGCACAGGUGGCAGUGAAAGUCCUGCAGAAGAAAGGGCAGAGAUUCCGGCUCCUCUCUGAAUCGAAUAUAAUGAAGAGCCUGGAGCAUCCCAACGUGAUCCAGUUAUUUCAGGUCAUUGAGACCCGAAAAAAUAUCUACCUGGUGAUGGAGCACGCAGGUGGGGGCCAGCUAUUGGACCAAGUCCCGCUGGGUGGCAUGCAAGAGGAAGAAGCACGCAGACUGUUCCGGGAGGUAGUGUGUGCCGUAGCCUACUGCCAUGACAAGGGCAUGGUGCACCGAGACCUGAAGCCAAAGAACAUCAUGCUGGAUGACAAAGGGAAGCUCCCAUUUAUGGGAUCCACCCGUAAGGAGACGAUACGGCAGAUUGUGCUGGGAUUGUACCGUGACCCUCCCCACGUUUCUCUGGCAGCACGGAUGCUCAUUUACCAAAUGCUGACCCUGGACCCCAGGAAGCGGCCCACAGCCAAGCAGAUCCUUCAGCACAUAUGGCUGAUGCUGGGUGAGCGGCAUUUAACCCCUCAUUAUCAUGAGGCACUCCUCAAACAGCCAGACCCAGAAAUACUGACCAUAAUGUUUGAUAUGGGUUAUGAUCUACGCAAGACCUGGAUGUCCCUGGCCAAGAGAAAGUUCAAUGCGGCCAUGGCUACCUACCUUCUGCUCCAGCACCAGAAAAGCCAGGGGCAGGGCUUCAUGUUCCAGGGAAAGCCUGUGCCUCCCUUGGUUAAGCCUCAGCCAUGCCUCCUGGAUCCUUCCCAUUCCCCUGUCCUCCCAAUAAGGAGCCCUAGUGAACCUGCCCUUCGCACCUUUUCCUUGCCCUGUGAGCUUCCUCUGCCUGAGGAGGCCAAAUGCUCAGGGCAGAAGCACAUCAGGACUGCCAGCCAGCCGCCUAUUCACUUCCAUUUCCCGCCUGCAAGAGCCCCAACACCUGGGUUAGCCUCCCAGUCUGACUCUGGACAACUCCACGCCAGCAGAAAGCUCUGGAAGAGGGUAACUAGGGGGAUUGCUACCUGUGUCCGACAACUGUGCUGUUGCAUACCACGUGUCAGCAAUGGGGUGGCUCCAAUGUAAGAGCAGAAACCUGUCAGAUUCAUGAAGUGACGCUCCAAUGGAGGGGAGAGCUGACCAGACAAUACCAGGGGGCAUCCAGAGGACCCUGUUCUCUGUGGAUCCUGACACCUUGUUUGGGGCC